CCAACCAACCAACCAACCAACCAACCAAUCUCAAACAAGAUCAGCAAGGAAAGAAAGAAACAAGCAUUACCAGGAUGGAACCGAUACCCUCAAGAACAAAACAUCACAAAAUACCACGAUCCAACUCAGAGCUCGGCAGACUACGACACAACCGAUCAUCAACAACCACCGCCACCUCAUCAUCAAUAGGAGGAACCAAGCACUCAUCAUCAUCAAACUCAAUCAACAAGCUCAAAUCCAGCUACUCAUCACCCUCUCAAUCCUCAACCAUCAACCAACCAACCCAGUUCGUCAAACAACUCAUCAUCAGGGCCCGUCCUCAUCUAACACCACCCUCAGACCAACCCAAGUCGGGCUCAGCUUCAGAUGGCCUACAAGUCAUCAUGUGGAUCAGACUCGCCAUCCCAUACUCCUUGAUCCCACUACCCGGCUCACCUGAUCUUAUCCUACCCCUGAUGUCAGACGAACGACUCAGACUUAUCAACCAUACCAUCUUCCCAAUCAAUCGUCGAUCAUCCAACUCAAAACCUACCAUUCAAGCCUCAAACAAUCCAUCUCAGGCUAAAAUCGCCGCAUCACUCCUCGAUCUAUCCCAAUCUUUUAGACCCAAUACUAACGAUCCUUCAACUCAACCGCCAUCCAUCAGCGUCGUCGUCAGAAACUUCACCAUUUCUCUCCUCAUCCCACCCACCCAUCCUCACCCGAUCAGUCUCGAUCACUCUUUCACUUCAACACCGCUGGCCGAAUACGCGAUCGUAUUAGACUGUCUAUCCCCAUGGGCAACCGUCGGUCCAGAGUGGCCUUUCUCAGUCAUCCUGCCAACACCUCCCUGCCUCAAAAAUUCAUUCAGGUUGAUCUUACCCACCGAAUCAUCCAAUGCACUCUUUGGAAAUCCUGAACAAGAUACACCACCACCUACUGCCCAUCUCAAUACCUUCCCACCUCUCAGGCGCGAACGCAUGCGGUUUUCGAGUUCAUCAAAGGGUGUUCUUAGUACGGCCAAAUUAUCAUCGAUCUUUAAUGAUGACGACCUACGCCCUCUAUCAGACGAAUCAGAACCUGAAGGAAUCAGUCUAUCAGAUGAAGAGGGUAAACAGAAUCAUGAACCUCAUCGAAAAUGGCCUCAAGAUGAACUCUCUCCUCGGUUUGAAGGCGUCUUCCAAAGUACCAAGGAAUUAUGUAUCCUUCUGGGUGCUCAUCCUCCUGCAACCUCAAUUCAUACUCCGCUUACUGCCAAGCAUGCCUCUAGUCAGCUUUUAGUCUCUGUUCAUCACACACCAAGUACUCAUGCUAGCAAGCCUGACCCCACUUCGAUGGAUAUCAGUUUUCAUGUCGAUCUUCAACAUAUCAGUACACGUACCAUCAAUCAGAAAACAGCCUUCGUUUUGGCUAUACCUGAACCAAUCGCUAAGAGCAUCGUCUCAGCCCAGUGGUCACCAUUGAACGGCGACGGCGUAAUCGAAACUCAGUUACCAUUGGCGGGUCAUUCAAAAAGCUACAUCACACCUUCAAGUUCACCUCCAACCAAUAGCCCAAUGCUCGGCCCAAGUUCACUUUCAAAGAAUCAACAUGAGCUUGAUCUUCUCAAUACUGCCGCUCCAUUUUUAGAUUCAAAAUCUGAGAUCCAGGCCGAGACAACUGGAGACGACUCUGAUAUAGACCUCAAUUUCGAUCACUCAUCCGCAGAUGAGCUCCCUUGUAGUCUCAGAAAAUCAAACCAAACGCUCUUACAAAACUCUCGAUCCACUACCCACCAUCAAUUUAUUGUUUGGAUUGACACUGAAUGGCUCAUCCGACGCGCAGUAACCACUCACAAUUCAGUCAACUCGCGACUCGUCUUUAACCUACGCGGCCAGCUUGAGAUUGCAGCCAGCUCUUGCCCCUCACCUGUCGCUGGGAUCUCGCUCAAAACGAUUCCCAAUACCCUUCUUAAUUUUACCAUCUAUCUUCGAUUCACCUUACCUCCAUGGGCUUACUUGAUCGAGCACACUUCCGACGACCAAUCCCAGCAGCUUCGGCUAUCUCUACCUAAAGAUCAUUCCGCCCCCACCGACAUUAUCAUAGCCAUCUUGAUCAGCUAA